AUGGACGUCUUUGAUCUCUCGAAUACGUUGAAAAUCUCUAAAAUCGCGCUCGAUAGCGCGACCAUUCUCGUCGCCGAUUCCCCUAACGGAGGAGAUCAAACGCUUCCCGAAGAAGACGAUAAAGAUGCGAACGCGAACAUCGCUGCUCAACAAAAGCAACAACAGAGGAAAGGGAACGUCAAUUUAUGGAAAGAUCUCGGUUUCUCGUCCCCUCAGGAGUGGCAUCGGGAAAUGAAAGGCGAUCUGUAUCGGUACAAUCGGAAGCGGCAACUGGAGGGGAAACGAGAGCUUUCGGAAGUCGAAUUUAAGGAAAAAUUUGACCCGCGAGCGCGCGAGAAAAGUACUAAAGAAAGCGACGGAGACGAGUCCAUCAGUGGAAGCGGAGAGGAUGAUUUGAGCAGCAGCAGUGAUGAUGAGGAUGAGGAUGUUUCGAGCAGCGACGGUGAGGGUGAAAAUGAAGGUGAUUUCAUGCACGACGCUGUUCGAGCGAAGGAGAAGCGGAUGAUGAAAAGAAAGGAGAAGAAAGAGUACGAAGUCGCGGCGACGGAGAAGACAUCCGAGAGUGGCGCGAAGAUUGUGUUUCAAGAAGAAGGGGAGGAGAAGAAGUGUUUCGCGAUGUACAGAGCGAUUUUGCUACCGGAUGAUGUGGACUUUAAAGGGAACGCGGCAUCGGCGGAGGCCAAUCAGACGGUGGCCGAGGCGAUGCAAAAUUUACGGCGAGAUCGAGAAAAGCCGUGGGUAGUUAUUUUAGCGAGAGGAGGACACUUUGCCGCGGCGGCGUUUGACGCGAGGAAAGUGUUUCACGGACAGAGUGCGAACGCGACGAUCGCUUCGACCGAGUCUGUUUUGAAAUCGAAAACGUUUCAUCGGUACGUCGUUCGCGCGAAAGCCGGAGGGAGGCAAAGCGUGAAGGAUCAAGGCGGGAAGACGAUUAAGAGCGCGGGGAGUUCCAUGCGACGCCAAAACGAAAUUUCUUUGGUGAGAGACGUGACAAACGCGAUGGAGAAUUGGAAAGAGGAGUAUUUGAACGAAGCCGCGAGGAUAUUCAUCUCCGUUUCAAAAACAGACGCGCGAACGUUAUUCGAUAAUAAUAUUUUGAGUAAAAAGGACCCGCGCGUGAGGAAAACGCCGUUUAUGACCGCUCGACCGACGUUGAACGAAACGAAACGAACCAUCGCGAAGUUGCUCUCGGUGACCACGACCGGGAUUGAAAUCGUCGAAAAGAAGAAGAAAGAAGUGAAAAAAACGAGGAGAACGACGACGGAGAGUAAAAGUAAAGUAGAUUUAGAAAUGCAAAAGCAAUUAGAAUACGAGCAACAGCAAGCCGCGAAAGCGAAGAAAAUCGUGGAGACUCCGGAACCAGAACUCCAUAAGGCUUCGCGAACUGGCGACGUUGACGCGCUGACGCAAAUGCUUGAAUACGCGUGUUUGAAUCCUCAAACUGGUGAUGAUGGUGCUGCUGUUGAUCCUUCCGUUCCGUGGCGUGGUAAAACCGCGUAUCUCGUCGCAAAAGACGGCGAAACGAGAGACGCGUUUCGGAGAGUGUAUUUCAAGUACCCGGACGCGUUUGAUUGGGAAUCGCGGUGCGACGUUCCUUCUAUGCUCACGCCGGAAAUGGAACUAAAACGAGAAGAGAAGGAGAAAGACUUCGAGGAGAAGAAGAAGAAGAAAGAAGCGGAAAGAAAGAAGGCGUUAAAGACGAAGAAGAAAGCGUCCGCGUCGGCGUUGUUAGCGGCGGAGGAAGAGAACAUGAAAGCUGCCACCGGCGAUAAGAAAUCGCCGUCGUCGGUCGCCACGAGCGCAAAAGACCUUCUCGCGAGCGAAAAGAAUGCCGCGGAUGAACGUCGAACAACAAUGGCUCAGGCGGCGGAGAGACGCGCAGCAGCAGCAGCAGCAGCAGCAGCGAAAACGGCCCGCCAACAGCAACCGCCGCCAACGAAAGGCGUCUUCGAAAGCGAUAGUCGCGGAACGAUCGGAGGAGGAACAAAAGGCGUUUAA